GGGACCCGGAGAGGGGUGGCCGUGGGGCCCGGCCGGGCUGGGGUGGGGGGCCGCAGCCAUGAUCCGGGCCUUCUCGUUCCCGGUGAGCCCCGAGCGGGGCCGGCUGCGGGGCUGGCUGGAGGGCAGCCUGGCCGGGCUCUGCGAGUUGCACUGGCUCCGGGAGAGGCAGGAGUACCGCGUGCAGCAGGCGCUGCGGCUGGCCCAGCCCGGAAUGGGGGGCGCCGAGGCCGAGGACGAGGAGGACGCCGAUGAGGACGAAGAUGCGGCGGCGGCGCGCCGGGCCGCAGCGGCCCUGGAGGAGCAGCUGGAGGCCUUGCCUGGGCUCAUCUGGGACCUGGGCCAGCAGCUGGGAGAUCUGAGCCUGGAGUCUGGGGGCCUGGAACAGGAGAGCGGGCGCAGCUCAGGCUUCUAUGAAGACCCCAGUUCCACGGGGGGUCCAGACUCACCACCCUCUACCUUCUGUGGGGACAGUGGCUUCUCUGGAUCUGGCUCCUAUGGACGCCUGGGUCCCGCUGAACCGCGGGGCAUCUAUGCCAGCGAGAGGCCCAAGUCCCUAGGUAAGGUGGGUGGGGUUGGGGCCCUGAGAACCAGGGAAUGGACAGUAGGAGAAUGGUUUGCCUCGGGCCGCCGGGGCUCGCCCAGGGCUCGCAAGGCCGCGCGCUCCCAGUCUGAGACCAGCCUGUUGGGCCGCGCGGCCGCGGUGCCUCCGGGGCCCCCCAAGUACCCCACGGCCGAACGGGAAGAGCCCCGGCCGCCGAGGCCCCGUCGCGGCCCUGCGCCCACACUCGCGGCGCAGGCCGCGGGGUCCUGCCGCCGCUGGCGCUCCACGGCCGAGAUCGACGCUGCGGACGGACGCCGCGGCCGUCCCCGAGCCCCGACAGCCCGCGGCCCGGGGCCCGGCCCAUCCCCGUCAGCUCCGCAGCGCCGUCUUCUCUAUGGCUGCGCGGGCAGCGACUCUGAGUGCUCUGCGGGGCGCCUGGGGCCCCUUGGACGCCGGGGUCCCACCGGCGGCGUCGGCGGCGGCUAUGGGGAGAGUGAAUCGAGCGCCAGCGAGGGGGAGUCGCCUGCCUUCAGCUCCGCAUCCAGCGACUCAGACGGCAGCGGUGGCCUGGUGUGGCCGCAGCAGCUGGUGGCAGCCACCGCAGCCUCUGGGGCAGGGGGUGGUGCAGGUGGAGGGGCCCCCGCGGGCCCCGCCAAAGUGUUUGUGAAGAUCAAGGCUUCCCACGCACUCAAGAAAAAGAUACUGCGUUUCCGUUCGGGUUCUCUCAAGGUCAUGACUACAGUGUGAGUUUGGGGGUUUGCUCGGGCUCCCCCUUCAUGGCCUCUGCACCACCACACUCCCAAUCACUGACCCUUCCAUACCUCCCUUCCAAAGACCACCAUUUUCUCUGCUUCCAAAGACCCUUCCUCACUGCCCCCAUCCACUGCAGUCUUGGUUGAAAAGGCUCCCCCUCCACCAUAGGGAGGAAUGGGGGAGGAGCCCUGUUUGACCCAGUUCAGCUGCUGGCUCUGCAGCCCUUGGGCAAGAAAGUUCCCUUUGUCUGGGCCUCACUUUCCUCAUCUGUAUUAUGGGUGUAAUAUGGUAUGCGGAAGGGGUAAUUCAGUUCGAAUUUCCCCAUUUUAGUUUAGACACUUAGUCCGUUUGUUCCCGUUCACCACUGUCACUGAACCCUCUUAUUCCUCCUUUCCAUGCCCAGAUCUGGUGUCUUGGGCGCCCCCCCCCCAGUCACAAAGUGCCCCCAUCCAUGUCCCUGGAUUCUUAAGCUAUCCCCUUGGCACCGUGGUCAGAGACGCUGUGUCUGACCCAGGUGGUGCCUGCAGAGUGCCCUGGGAAAGGAAGGAGCACUGACUUUGGGGUUUUGAGGGUCAGUUAGGAGGUGGUAGCGCCUGGAAAGAAGGACUCUUUCGCCUCUAUCCCGGGACAGUUAUGGAGGAUUAGGAGGUAGAAGAGGAGAAGGAAGAUGGUUUCUAUCUCAUGCCCCCCCUUUUCUCCCCCCUCCCAAAGGGAGUGGGGAGAGCCCAGGAUGACCCUCAGCUGUUCCAAUCCAGUAUUUUUUUUUCUUUUUUAAAAUUACUGUAUUUAUUAUGACGAUGGUGACUCCCCAGUGCACAGGGGGGCCAGAUUCUGUGUUUCUCUAACCUCUUUGUAAAUAAAUGCACACUGUUCCAUA